CAUUCGCCACCAUUCUUCCAACAAUGUCGAUUGGAAUCAUUCCAGCAUAAAACCUUUCUCUCUCCUCUAUUUUAGAAGAAAAAAUUACCCUAUUUCUUCUGUGUCUCUGUCAAAUAAUUUCUAAUUCACCGCCGGCAACCAUCGUUACAAAUUUUCCGGUGGGUUAAGUUCCUUUGAAGUUUCCGGCCAGUGGGUUGGAGUUGGUAGUGAUUUCUUGAAACAUUUACCAUAAAACAGAAUAUACAAACAUGUCUCUGUUGCGUCUCUCUUGAAAUUUAUCUUUAUUUUAAGACACCCAAUUCGUUAAAUCAAAGAAAGAGUCAGUCUUUCCAUGUUUGUUUCCUGGGUUUGUUUUGAAAUUCAAAAGCUUUUGAAGGUCUCUUGAUUCUUCACUGAAAAACAUAUAUAGUUGUAUGUAUACCGGUGGUGGUGGAGGAUGGUGAUGACAGUGGCGUCGCCUAAAAACUCGUUGAAGACGGUAUUCGAGAGAGUCGGAGUUUAUGGAUUUGGUGCUGGGAGUAGCAACAGACAGAAAAGAAUAAGAUACGAGAUUCACGAUGAAGAUGACACCAUGGAAAUGGUCCAGCUUGGUGCUAAUAGAACAAAAAAUGUGCUUAUUUUAAUGAGCGACACCGGCGGUGGCCACCGUGCCUCCGCCGAAGCCAUCCGUGACGCCUUCAAGAUUGAAUUCGGCGAUGAAUACAAGAUAUUUGUGAAGGAUGUUUGGAAAGAAUACACGGGGUGGCCAUUAAACGACAUGGAAAAUCAGUAUAAAUUCAUGGUGAAACAUGUCCAGCUUUGGAGUGUAGCAUUUCAUGGCACUUCUCCUCGAUGGAUUCAUGGUGUUUAUCUUGCUGCAAUUGCUGCCUUCUAUGCCAAGGAAGUUGAGGCUGGUUUAAUGGAGUACAAACCAGACAUAAUCAUAAGUGUUCAUCCUAUGAUGCAACACAUUCCAUUAUGGGUACUUAAAUGGCAAGGAUUAGAAAAGAAAGUCAUAUUUGUGACUGUUAUUACCGAUCUUAACACAUGCCAUCGAACAUGGUUUCACCCUAGAGUCAAAAGAUGUUAUUGCCCUUCAGAAGAGGUAUCAAAGAGGGCUUUGUUAGAUGGCUUAGAACAAAACCAAGUACGAGUUUUCGGAUUGCCUGUUCGACCCUCGUUUGCACGAGCUAUCCUCAACAAGGAUGAUUUACGGGUAGAGCUAGAACUGGAUCCGGUGCUUCCUGCGGUUUUGUUGAUGGGAGGUGGUGAAGGAAUGGGCCCCGUGAAGAAAACUGCAAAGGCUCUUGCAGAAUCUUUAUUCGAUAAAGAAAAUGGAAAAGCUUUAGGACAAAUGAUCAUAAUUUGUGGUAGAAACAAAGCUUUAGCUUCUUCACUUGAAUCUUUAGAGUGGAAGAUUCCUGUUAAGGUUAGAGGAUUUGAGACACAAAUGCAAAAAUGGAUGGGUGCUUGUGACUGCAUUAUAACUAAGGCCGGACCUGGCACAAUUGCCGAGGCGUUAAUCAGAGGGCUUCCCAUCAUUCUCAAUGACUAUAUUCCAGGACAAGAAAAAGGGAAUGUCCCGUAUGUGGUGGGAAAUGGUGCGGGUGUGUUCACUAGAAGCCCAAAAGAGACGGCUAGGAUAGUGGCGGGAUGGUUCACCAACAACUCAGAUGAACGCAAGCAAAUUUCCGAAAAUGCCCUCAAGUUGGCCCAACCGGAGGCAGUGUUUGACAUUGUUAGGGACAUUCAUGACCUCGCGUGUCAACGUGGGCCCCUCCCCUCGUAUGAUUCGUUUGUGUUGACUUCAUCGUUUUCAAACUUAAUUUAGCAAGAUUGUAUUGUACAUGUAAUUUUUAAUUUUUUUUUUUUUAUAGAUGUUGUUUAGAUUAUCUAUCUAUUCAUUCUUUUAGGUUUUAAGAAGCUUUUUGUUUGUGGGAAAUUGUUUAAGUUUUGUGGGUAUGGAUUUAGGGUUGGUUUAGAAUUUGAAGAAAUUGUUAUGAAUGAUUUGUAGUUUGUAAAAAUUUAAAUUUGGGUUUUGUUUAUUGAAAUUUAAAAUUUAAAUA